CUCUUUUCACAAUAUUAUUCUCGAUACCGUUAAAAAAAUUAAAAGAAAUUAAUCACAAGUCUGAUAGCAGGCAGCGGCAUAUUCGGAUCAGAAUACUGGAAUUACAUUGAAAUUAAUAUUCCAUCGAGUGAAAAUGGUUCUUCAGCUAGGUGAUCCGUUCCCUAACUUUUCUGCUGACACCACCGUUGGCAAGAUUGAUUUCCACGAAUGGAUUGGAGACUCGUGGGCCAUCCUUUUCUCGCACCCAGCCGAUUUCACCCCCGUUUGCACAACUGAGUUAUCAACAGUUGCCCGGCUGGUUCCGGAAUUUUCCAAGCGAAAUGUAAAACCGAUAGCGUUAUCUUGCGAUUCAGUCCAAUCGCACACUAAAUGGAUAGAUGACAUCAAGGCCUACGGAAAUUUGAGUGAAUUCCACUAUCCUAUUAUCGACGAUGAGAAGCGCGAAUUGGCAGUCAAACUAAAUAUGCUCGAUAAAGAUGAAAUAGGUUCGGCGGGUUUGCCCCUAACUUGCCGGGCAGUUUUCGUCAUUGAUCCGAGCAAGAAACUGCGUUUAUCUAUUCUGUAUCCAGCAACAACGGGUCGCAACUUUACCGAAAUCUUGAGAACCAUUGACUCGAUGCAGCUGACCGAUCUUAAGAAGGUAGCUACCCCAGCGGAUUGGGUACAGGGCCAGGAAUGUAUGGUCCAACCUUCGGUAAAGGACGAUGAUUUGGCAUCCCUAUUUCCGGGUGGAGUAACAAAUGUCGAACUGCCUUCGGGUAAAAAGUAUCUUCGCAAAACCACACCUUAAAGCUCGCCUGGUGUCAGGUUGGAUUCCCUAUCACAUGUUACUUAACUGCUUAAGCUGUGAAUUUUAGCCAUUUAUGGUGAAGGUAUUUACAUCAUUUAAUAAAGUCUGUUUGGCAUUUUA